AUGAAGCGAAAGAACUCAACUAUAACAUGUGAUACUUCCGCAAAGCAUCAAAAGAUUGAGGAUAACAUUCCUUCUCCCUCUCCUGACUUCUGGCCAAGUAGUCCUAUAGAAUACAGCAUAAACGACCCUGUUGACUUCUGGCCGCUUUCCCCAACUGAAAUAAAUGAUAUCGAGUCUGGUGGAGAUAACGAUGUCACUACGCCCAGUAAUGAAGUUAGAGCACUUAUUGCUCAAACUCCUUCAGAAGACUCUCAAAGUCAGAGCCCCAAGAGCGGAGUAAUAUAUAGCAACGACCAAGAAGAUGCCGAGAUCGUGGCAAGCCUUCCCUUCUUCUCCAAUGCGGAAGGAACAAUCUUAUAUGUAGGAGACAGUGUAGCAUACAAAGAGGGCAACGAAACCUUGGUUGCUGCGCGAAUAUUGGACAUAAAUCUUCCUAACCUCCCCUCCGUAGACCCGCAGCUUCAAGAGCUGAUAUUUGUUCAGCCUGAAGGAUGGGGUCCCGAACAUGCAAAAAUGGUGACCCAACUCGACAUAAAGGCAUGUCCCAAAGAUGCCAAAUUCGGACCUAAUGGAAGAGACGACUCAAAAUCCUGGCAAGACUACCGAAAACAAUAUUCAAGCGAAGAAGGACGCCGAGCCAGAUUACAUACGGGCGUUGUCUUUGACGACGCCAUGCUAUUACAUGACUGCCCAUGCGUCAAAGACCGGCAGUUGAACCGCCAUCCAGAAAGGCCCGAGAGAUGCGUGGAAAUAAUGGCAAAAUUCGAAACACUUGGCCUACUCCGAAAGGUUAAACGAUUGCGUUCUCGGAUGGCAACGAAAGAUGAAUUGGAGUCUUGCCACCUUGGCCAACACGUGGUGACAUAUUUUGGGUCGAAGCCAUAUACUAUGCCGGGUACGAUCGUAAAGAACGGCGAAGAUUGGGCCCCACCCAGUCUUAAAGAUAAAAUGUUAUGUGGUGAAUUAGGAAUAAGUUGCGACACAACAUAUAAUCCCUACGGGACACCAAACGCAGCAAGGAUGGCAGCGGGUUCCGUCAUAGAAAUGAUGGAUGCUGUCGUCUCUGGGAGAGUUGUAAAUGGGUUCGCUAUAGUUCGACCACCUGGCCAUCACGCAGAACAAAAUCAUGCCAUGUGUUGCAGCAAACAUGGCCCUAAAGAACUACCCGGAGAAAAUCAAAAAAGUAUUGAUUGUCGAUUGGGAUAUUCAGUAAGUUCAUUUGUUUUAUUUCUUUGUCAUAAUGAUUAUUUAAUUAAACAAAUUGGUUUAUUGAAACGUAGCCACGGUAAUGGAACACAAAGCCUUUUCUACGGUCGUAACGACGUACUAUAUAUUUCUUUACAUCGUUAUGACAAUGGAUUGUUUUACCCAUACUCCGGCCCAACUACUGAUCUUGGUACGGGUGAAGGAUUAGGAAACAACGUUAAUAUUACCUUUUCAUCUGAGAAAGACAGGUUCGAGUCUAUGGGAGAUAUCGAAUAUCUUGCCGCCUUUAAAUAUAUCGUAAUGCCGAUUGCCCGACAAUAUAACCCUGAUUUAGUAAUUGUAUCUGCAGGGUUUGAUGCAGCUGAAGGUCACGAGGAUGCAAUUGGUGGAUAUAAGAUUACUCCGCGAGGAUUCGCUUAUAUGACGCAGAUGUUGAAAAAUCUAGCCAACGGUAAACUUGUACUUGCGCUAGAAGGUGGAUAUGCGUUAGAAUCACUCUCUGAAUCAGCUUGCGCUUGUUUGUCGGCAAUGCUCGGACCUGAUCUUUCUCCAAUCGAACAAUAUAAAUUUAAUGGUGGUCUAAAUACAGUAAAGCCCAAUCAAUCCGCUGUCACGUCAUUACAGAAAGUCGUAGCAAUAUUAAAAAAUUAUUGGAACUUUCCCGCAACGGUUACAGAUGAAGAUUUCAGAUUUGCUCUACCUGCUGAUUGGAGAGCUACGAAUAGUUUGUCAACCCGACCAAAGCGCACCCCAAAACCAAAAAAGAGGCUUCCUGUGGAAGGCUGA